AUCGCUGUUUUGUCCAUUCUCAGCUGUUUGUUUCUUUGUGAUUAUUUUGGAUUUAAUUAUUAAAAUGAAUGAAGAAAUAGACGAAUACGAUAUUUAUCAUCAAGAUUUUACGACUGUAUCAGAGUGGGAAGUAUUUAUUGCUCGAUUAGAGGAGAUUCUUAACGAGUGGCGAUUACCAAAAUCCAAAAUACCUAAACAUCAGCAAUUCACAAAGAAAUGGAUUAGCAAAUCUGAAGAGAUUUCAUUCCAAGGUCUAAAAUUUAAGUUAUCUUACCACGCUUUAGAACCUAUUGUUGGGGUUGACAAUGUAGAGGAGUCAGAUGACAAGUUUUUACAUAAUGAAUUGCAAAAUGGUAUUUGGGAUGCCACAUCACAUUUUAUGGAUGAAGAGGAUGGAAGCCCAUUUCCUGUCUCUAGUUGGUUUGGGUUAAAACGUUAUUUGAUGGUGUGCUCAGAACUACCACUUGUAGAGGGUAGUGUGAUAAAAGUAGUAAUGAGUUCAAUUAAUAUUGCCUUUGCAAAUGUCGAUUGUGGAGUUCCCAUAUUUGUAAAAAUAAGAGAACAUUGGCAGCAGAACUAUCUAGGGUUCUAUGAAGACAAUGAGUACAAAAGUAGCUUUGAUACCAUUCACCUAAAAAGGAUAUCAAACCAGUGUUCCCACUUGACUGGCUUAGUUAGCUUGUUUAAAUCUAAAAUAGGAUCCCCUGUCGCUCUUGAUGCUGUAGUAGUGUCUACAAAGUUUUCCUAUGAGCUGAAAGACUCUGAUGCAUUUAUAUGGAAGAAGACAACACAUUCCAAUGAGUUUUUGUCAAUAGAUGGUUUUGAUGUCAAGAAACUGAUAGAACUUCCAUUUGGUUCUGAAAAGAAUCCUAUAAGUAGCGUUCUUCUGAAUGCUAUUUGGCCAAAGUUUAGAGAGAGUGCCAUUGUCGAUUCUUCGACAUUUUCUGAUAUUGAUCCAAUCAUGGCCCCUCUGUGGACGGUCACCUUGAAGAUGAGGGACAACAUCAAUUGCCAGUUGUCAGAGACAAUAGGCAAGGUGAUGGACUUGUUAGACAAUAGUAACUUACUUAUGGAUGUGCUUGGGCUGAGCAGAAGCUUGGGGAUUGUGAAUCCUUUGCAGAAAAUAACUGAGGCACCCAUUACUAUUUCAAAGCUGGUGAAGGCAGCCAUGGGCCAUGGUACUGUUUCCGAAUUCAAGGGACCCAUAGCUGAUGACUUGUUAAUGCCACUACUGUACUAUAUAUUUCCUGAUGCUGUUGAGGAUGAUACGUUUAAUUAUCCAGAACAAUUAGAGGUCGAAUUUAAGUCAGAAGCGAAUGAAGCCAAACUCUGCAACUACGUGAAGACGAGCCCCUAUGGCGGGCUGGUGUGGCGGCUGUCGGUGACGGCGGCGCGGCUGCACGACGCCGGCGGGCUGGCCUACCUGGCGCACCUGUGGUACGAGUUCACGCAGGAGCUGCAGUACCGGUGGGAACACAGGAUCGUGGUCCCGGGAGUCGCAGAUGGCGUGCCCAACGCUCGAACUUGCCUGCUGCACCAAAAGUUGCAGUUGCUGAACUGUUGCAUUAAGCGCGCUCUCGAGGGCUCAGGAAGCUUCGCUGGAAAUUCUUCCGAAGAUGAAUUCUACGACUGUUCCGAAGGAGAAGGCGGCGAGGAGCAGCCGCCCUGGGACAGGCCAGUAGGUCGCCUCCAGCGGCUCGAAGAUGCAACUCUAAAAAAUGGAACACCACUUUAUGUGCCUUGUACGCAGGAUCCAGCGCCAAAAACUGAAGAUCAAUUAGAAGAGGAUGCGGAGCUGAUGGUGCGGUUAGGGGACGACGCUAAGGCGUCCGAGCUGCGGGCGAGGAUGAUGAGCGCGUCGCUGCUUUCCGACAUGGAGGCGUUUAAAGCGGCCAACCCGGGCGCCGAGUUGUGUGAUUUUGUGCAGUGGUAUUCUCCCCGCGACUGGUUGCCCGACGACGGCGGAGCUCUAGGCGCGCGUAUGCUUUUACCCGGGAACCCUUGGCUCGAAACGUGGAGUGUGGCGCGACCGGUGCCCGCCGCCCGCCAGCGGAGACUCUUCGACGAAACUCGAGAAGCCCAGCAGGUCCUACAUUUCCUCCGCUCACGAACCGUGAGUGCGGUAGCCGAGCUCCUGUUACCUGCUAUCCUGCGAGCCGGCGCGGCGAAAGCGCACGAGGAAGGCGUGGCAGGAGGCAGCAAUUCGGUGGGUGGCGUAGAUAAGAGGCGUAUGUUUGAACUGGCCGCUAGAGACAUUUAUGAAGCCGAGAAGGAGGCGUGCAGGUCGUUGUGCGUCCGAGCGGUGUUCGGAGAUAGCGUGGAGGGGACGCCCCUGGACGUCGCCGGCAGGACGAGGAUCCUCAGCGCGGCCGGCGGCGCGCUGCCGGCGCCGGCGCGCAAGGAGUUCACGCUGCGAGUCAGAGACGGCGUCGCGCCGCAAGUGAUGCGCGCCGCUUUGGCCACCGACAUGACCAUCAUAGGCGCGUUCACGGAACGCAUCGUGUGCUUGUAGCAGUGCUGGGGCCUGUAGUGAUGCAGGGGACCCUGAUGAACAGUUGAAGGACUGGCCCGUGUCUUCCUUGUCGUGAGUUCUUUGUUUGUGAUAUAAUGUUAAAAGUUUAUUGUUAUGUAAUUAAAAUCGGUUUUGUACGUUGAAUCGUUGAUAAAUAUGUAAGUACAUCAAACGUGUUGAAUUGAAGUUUAGCCAUUUAAUGAUUAUGUACAUUUUAUUUGUAAUUAUAAUAUGUAUAGAAAUAUUACUUUGCUUGCUUGUGUUUGUAUGUUUUUUUUAUAUGAAAAAUUCUAAAAUAGAUACAGUUUAAGA